AUGGGCCCCUAUACCGCCUCCUCAUGCUGCUGCCAGGCCCGUAAUCUGCCAUGGGCCCCGUACCGACUCCUCAUGCUGCUGCCAGGCCCGUAAUCUGCCAUGGGCCCCUGUACCGCCUCCUCAUGCUGCUGCCAGGUCCAGAGUGUGUCAUGGGUCCCUGUACGGCCUCCCAUUGCUGCUGUCUCUAUCGCCACACUCUGCCAUGUGCCACUUUCAGGUCUCCUCACACUGCUGGUGGUUUCCAUUUUUGUCAUAGGGUGCUGUAUGGCCUCCCAUUGCUGCUGCUGCCUCCACCGCCACACUGUGGCUCCACACUCUGGUUUUGGCCCCGUGACUGCCCAAAUGAGUGAAGUGUGCGGUGAUUCUAAGAUCGACGGCACUCAUCUGCAUGUCAUACUGACUGACAGUAUUAUUUCUCUUCCCCAGCAGACUCCAAGGGCAUUUAAAUUAAAGGUACAGUGUUCAGCACUAAUAUUA